AUGUUAGUGCAUGUAUUUGGCGCUAAAUCAUAUCCGGGAUGCGCCAACUACAGUUUGAAGGAUGUAGCAAAACGGUUAUCAGACAAGUAUGGCCAAGAUGCAUCAGAGUUUGUCCAAAACAACUUUUAUGUGGAUGACGGUUUGCAGUCAGUUGAGACAGCGGAUGAGGCAAUAGACCUAAUCCAGAGGACGGUAGCCAUGUUGAAGGAAGGAGGAUUCAAAUUGCAUAAAUUCCUCUCAAAUUCAAAGCAGGUUUUGAAAGCACUACCAGAUGAUUGCAUCGCAUCUAAUGUCAGCCAGAAGGACUUGAGUAAUCUACCCACAGAACGUACUUUGGGAAUACUGUGGGACCCUACUCUCGACGUAUUUACAUUUGAAGGCAACAUGAAAGAGAAUCCUCCGACAAGAAGAGGCAUUCUAUCGACUGUGUCUGCUGUGUUUGAUCCACUUGGAUUAAUUGGUCCCUACAUUUUACAGGGGAAGCGAAUCCUCCAGAACGUCUGGGCAGAAGGAAAGGACUGGGACGAACCGUUAAAUGACGAUACAAUCCAACAUUGGAUAGCUUGGAAAGAGCAACUUCAGUACCUCAGCAAUAUUAAAAUUAGCAGAUGCUAUAAGGCACCUAAUGCAACUGGAAAGGUGUCUUCUGUUGAACUUCACCACUUUAGUGAUGCAUCCACUUCAGGAUAUGGUCAGUGUUCGUACCUAAGACUAGUGCACGAAGAUGGAACUGUAAUAGUAUCACUUGUCAUGAGCAAAUGCAGAGUAACACCCUUAAAAACAAUGACAAUACCGAGGCUAGAGUUAACGGCAGCCAUGGUAUCUGCAAGGAUAGCAAGGAUCCUAAGAGAAGAGCUGAAAUAUCCCAAUCUAGUUGAGCACUUUUGGUCAGAUAGUAAGGUGGCACUUGGCUAUAUAAGCAAUGACUCCAGACGAUUUCAUGUUUUUGUGGCCAACAGAGUACAAACUAUCCGUAAUCUCAGCGAGCCAACCCAGUGGCACUACAUUGCCUCUGAACAAAACCCAGCAGACAUCGCCUCACGUGGUAGCUCUGUAGAGGAAUUUUUGGAUUGUGAUCUAUGGUGGCAAGGGCCUAAGUUCCUCA